UUCUGUCCUUCCCAAACUGGUUUCUGUCGAGCGCCUUAAUUAAAGUAGGCGUUACUCGCCCUAUGUUUCUAAAUGUUUACCACUAAAUUCCCCAGAGGAUUAUCUCUUUGUGAACUACUGUAUCAACCUAUAAGAUGGAAGGUCAGUAAGGGAACACCAGCGAGAAUGUCUUUCGAAAUUCGAGUGAAACUUGCAGAGACGGAUGAUCCGUGGUUUCGAACCAGGCUAGUUGAUUCAACUGAAGAGGCGAAACAUAUUAUGAAGAAAUCAGCAGAGUUUUCUAAAGAUGAUGUUAUUACGGUUCCUCUCGAAGAUGAUUUGACGCCAGUAAAUGGAGUCCCAAAAGAACACCAAUCUGAAAGGCGUGUUAGAAUUUUCAUCCCAGCUAAACCUGCUACUCAAUCAGGCAUUCAUGGCACUCGACUUUGGCGUAUUGAGUUCGACAAUCGCGAACGCUGGGAAAAUCCACUAAUGGGUUGGGCGAGCAGUGGUGAUCCACUUUCAACUACAGUUGUUGAAUUUGAAACUUCUGAAGCGGCGAAAGAGUUUUGCAAACGUCAGGGAUGGCCAUGUUACGUAGAAAGUCCAAAUAUUUUAAAAAUGAAUGUCAAGUCCUAUGGAUCCAAUUUUUCAUGGAACAAACGAACACGGGUUGGAUCGAAAUAAUGUUAUCAGAUUGCUCACAUUUUUCUUGUUGCUAACUUAAUUUAGCAGCUACUUCAGUUGUGACCUGUUUUAUUUUGCUUGCUAAUAAAUAUUGUAGAAAUAUAAAUUAAGUAUAUAUUGUUUA